UGGGGGGGAGAGGAGCAGGUGAGGGGCUGCUGUCAGUCUAUGCAGGGAGAAGCGCGGGGGCCGGCUGUCGCGGCGGCUGACCUCGUCGUCUGCAAAGGGGCGGCUGCCUUAACCCCCACCCCACACCCAAUCCCGUGCCCUGUAACUCUCCUUCCUCCCAGUCCCCCACCAAGUUGUUUAUUCGCGUCGCUUCGAGCUGGAGCCAUGGAAGUUGGCGGUUAGAGGAACCCCAGCGCCCCCACUGGAUAAUAAGUAUUAAAAUAAUGGAGCCCAAAGAAUCACUAAAAUCCUCAGGAGGAGAGGAAACAGGGAAAAGCGCUCACUUCCAUGACAAGGGAGGAAUUGUGAUAGAUUUUCAUCCAUCCUUUAGGGGUGGCGCUACUGUCAAGACUCCUGCAUCUACGUCUCCCUUGCCUGCCUCUUCUCAGUCCGACUCCAAGCAACAACCUGUUCUGUGUGACUUGUCAAAGGGAUUAGGAAGUAAUGUGCCGCAGCCAGAUCUCUCCAAAGCAGUGUCACUCUCCAUGGGAUUGUAUAUGGGUGAUACUGAUGCAAAAGUGAUGGGAAAUGAACUUGGAUUUCCUCAGCAGGGUCAAAUCAGUCUCUCUUCUGGGGAGACAGAUUUUAGGCUCCUUGAAGAAAGCAUCGCAAGUUUGAAUAAGUCCUCUGGUCUGGCAGAAGGCUCAAAGGGUACUGUGUCUGUCAAUGUGCCCUUAGAAUCAGAGUUCUCAAGUAUGACUAGUCGUGAUCUUAGUUUAGAUCAAGGGGCUUUAGGACGAGGCCAGACUGGCAGUAAUGGUGGCAACUUGAAGCUGUUUUCUGAAGACCAAAGCACCUUUGAUAUUUUGCAAGAUUUUGAUUUAACACCAGUGUCUCCAGGAAAAGAGACAAAUGGGAGUCCUUGGAGAAUGGACCCUGUACUGGAUGAAAGGAGUUUGCUUUCACCUCUUGGUGGAGAAGACGGUUUACUCUUGGAAGGAAAUGAAAUGGAGGACUGCAAGCCUCCUAUUUUACCGGACACUAAACCGAAAAUUAAAGAGUGUGGGGAUCCUUUGUCCAGUUCUGCAAUGCAAAUGCCACAUGUGAAGACUGAAAAAGAAGAUUUUAUUGAACUGUGCACACCCGGGGUAAUAAAGCAAGAGAAAAUAGGCACCGUUUAUUGUCAGGGUAAUUUCUCUGGUUCAAAUAUGCUUGGAAGUAAAACAUCUGCCAUUUCUGUUCAUGGUGUCAGCACUUCUGGAGGACAAAUCUACCACUAUGACUUGAACACAGCAUCUGUCACUCAACAGCAGGAUCAGAAACCAGUUUUCAAUGCCAUUCCAUCUCACCCUGCAGGUUCAGAAAAUUGGAAUAGGUGCCAGGGCUCUGGGGAUGAUCCCCUCACACCAAUAGGGGCUUUAAAUUUUUCUGGAAGAUCUGUCAUCUCUAAUGGGUAUGUAAGCCCUGGAAUGAGAUCUGAUGUAAGCACUUCACCAUCUACCUCUUCAACAACUACGGGACCACCUCCCAAGCUCUGCCUUGUUUGCUCAGAUGAGGCUUCUGGGUGUCAUUAUGGUGUCCUAACUUGUGGUAGCUGCAAAGUAUUCUUCAAAAGAGCUGUGGAAGGGCAACACAAUUAUCUCUGUGCUGGAAGAAAUGAUUGUAUUAUUGACAAAAUUCGGAGAAAAAACUGCCCAGCUUGCCGUUAUCGGAAAUGUCUUCAAGCAGGCAUGAACCUAGAAGCACGAAAGACAAAGAAGAAAAUAAAAGGAAUUCAGCAAUCCAACAUGACUGCAGGAAGGGACAGUGCUGAAAGUCCUGUAAACAAGGCAAUAGUUCCUGCCUCCCUGCCACAGCUGACACCCACCCUGGUUUCCCUACUGGAAGUUAUUGAGCCAGAAGUGAUGUUUUCAGGCUAUGACAGUACAAUACCAGACACAACUUGGCGUAUAAUGUCAACUCUCAAUAUGCUAGGAGGAAGACAAGUGGUAGCUGCAGUGAAAUGGGCAAAGGCAAUUCCAGGUUUCAGAAACUUGCAUCUGGAUGACCAAAUGACCCUCCUGCAGUAUUCGUGGAUGUUUCUGAUGUCUUUUGCUUUAGGAUGGAGAUCAUAUAAACAAUCUAAUGGGAGCCUGCUUUGUUUUGCACCAGAUUUGAUCAUUAAUGAGCAAAGAAUGAAUUUACCUUGUAUGUAUGAACAAUGCAAACGUUUGCUGAUGGUUACUAAUGAGUUAGCACGGCUUCAAGUUUCAUAUGAAGAAUACCUCUGCAUGAAAACUUUGUUGCUUCUCUCUACAAUUCCCAAGGAGGGCUUGAGAAGUCAGGCCUUAUUUGAUGAAAUUCGUAUGACCUACAUCAAAGAGUUGGGGAAAGCCAUAGUGAAGAGAGAAGGGAAUUCAAGCCAGAAUUGGCAACGCUUUUAUCAACUGACAAAACUUCUGGACUCCAUGCAUGAUGUGGUUGAGAAUCUUCUAACUUUUUGCUUCCAAACGUUUUUGGAUAAAUCCAUGAGUAUUGAGUUUCCAGAAAUGUUGGCAGAAAUCAUCAGCAAUCAGUUACCAAAAUACUCAAAUGGGAAUAUCAAGAAACUCUUAUUUCAUCAGAAGUGACUGCCUUAAUACAGAAAGAUUGCCUUAAGAAAAAAGUCAAAUUAUAGCUUCUUUUUUAUAAACUAAAAGACUUGUUAAUUUUGUCCUUGCAACUAUAUUGGGUGUUCUUGUUUUUGUUUUGUAAUUAUGCACUACAUGUGGUUUACAGAGGGCCAAGACCUAGGUUUCAGAAGAAGAUGCCUCAAACUGACUGAUUGCAGGAAGAAGGAAAGAAAUAUGGGUUGGGAUUUUUCCUCCACAUAUACCAUCAUGCUGGCAGUAUAGGAUGCACCAAAAGCAGCAUUGUCAAGUUCAGAAGCUACAUUGUCAACAUUCUGCUAGAAAUGUCUGCAGUUGGCUGGAUAAAGUUUUCUAGGUUUUUUGUUUUGGUAUAGAUUUUUUGUAUAGUUAAAAGUAGCAUUUUUGAUUUAUGCAUGUAACAUGAAGAAAGUUUACAACUGUAUAUCAGAAAAGGGAAGUUGUGCCUUUUAUAGCUAUUACUGUCUGGUUUUAGCAAUUUCCUUUAACUUUAUAUACAGUGAACUAAGCUUGCUCAUUUUUUCUUACAUAAUUUUUGUAAAACUUCAAGAUGCCUAUUGUACAGCUGUUUUUUUAAAGUGGGGCAGCUCAUAGCUUAAUGACCUCUAGAUAUUAAUCUUUAAGUAUACUCAUGUGAACAUUGGCUUUUCUAUUCUGAUCAGGACUAUAAAUUUAGCUUUCUUCAAGGGGCAUAGGGAUGGAAAUGUAUUUCAGAUCUAACCUGAACACUGGAAAUGCAUGCAUUUGAUAUCGGCCAAGCAACUUUCGUGAGCUACUGGAAAAAUAGCUCUGUCUUAAACAGUUGUGUAUGAACACAAACUUUUUAAAAUGGCCGAGAUAAAUAUUUGCAUUUAAUGCAAUAGCCAUAAUUGAAAGGAUCCUGGGCUAGAUUGACAGCAAAAAGAUCAGUCUAGACUGCCCAUCAGGAAAUCUUCAGGAAAAUAUGCAUUAUUGUUCAAAAAGUUUACUUCUAACAUGGAGAAAUUAACUUUUUCCAUACUCAGUUUAUUGCCAUAUGUGUGUACUUUGUAUAUAUAUCAGUGUAUAUUAUAUAUAUACAGUGGCCACAAUCCAGAGCAGCUGUUAUGGUGCAGAACAAAAUUGAUGUGCACAGAAAUUGGCAUGUCUGCUUUUUCUUUGAACAUAACUGAGAAGCCACAAAACCUGUGCUUUUAAAAAUAAUAUUUUUAACUCAUUCAUGUUUUUCACCCCCCAAAAAUGCAAAGUUGCCUCUAUGGAGUUCCCAGAAUUGUUGAGUUGCAACCAAUGGCCCCAUUCAGAAAGGUCUUUUCCCUUCCAGCUAAGCUGUAAUCACUACUGCUAGUGCCGCUCAUUGGUUGGGCAGUGCAUGGCCAGGGCAGUGAUACCCUGGGUCCUGACCACCAGGGCUCGCCACAGCAGCUGUCUGUAGCCCCAGGAAAGCAGAUCAGUAAGCAGAAAGAAGCCAGUUUCUGCUUGCAGAUCACUCGCUGGAUUGAGGCAAACAUGUACAAUCCUGGCUCCAUUUUUAGUUGGUGGCUCAAUUUCUACUCGUUUUCACAGUCAGGACAUGUAUGCAUGUGUGUGUGCGUGUGCAUGUUGUACACACACACACACACAUAUGUACACAUAUAUAUAACUACAUAUAAUACAGGUAACAUUGAUUUACAAAAUUGUUGCAGUUAUGCCCUCUAUAUAUAUAUAUAUAUAUAUAUAUAUAUAUAUAUAUAUAUAUAUAUAAAUAUAUAUAUAUAAAUAUAUAUAUAAUGUUUAUAAGGUUUCUUAAAAAUUUUACUUCUGAUAAGAUUUUUACCUUUAUGCAGAGAAGAAAAUAGACCAAACUACCAGAAGAAGAAUUAAAAAAAUCUUUUGUGGAAAAUAAAAAUCCCAAACCUGUGUAUGGUUAUGCACCCAUUUUUACUUUGUCACCCAAAUGAACCUACCUUAUUUCCUAGAAAACAUGCAAUUUCCGCUAUUGAUUUUGCGGCUUAGAGUAGGAUUUAAUCUCUGUACAGCUCCAUCCCUUCUGUAUCAAACUACUAGUGUGCCAUAAAACAACCAUAUAUGUCUUGUGAAUUUUUCCUUGUUAUUUUUUUGUUCUUUUUUAAACAAUUUGUAAGCUGUAGUAGCCCAUCCUCUGAGCACUUUAGGAAUUUUCAGAAGAUUUAAAAAGCUUAUGCCACUCUAAAGAAAGAAGAAAAAAAGACUUUUGUUCUAAGUGGCCUAAAUAUUUCUGUAAAAAUGACUUUAAUAAUGGGAUUUGUUAACCAGAGUUAACAACAAAAUUUGAUAAGAAGCUACUAAUAUAUUUUGGUUAAUGACACUUUCAGUUAUAUAUAAUUUGGUAGUGGUGUUUGAUGAAAAGAAAGGAAGAGCUACUACAGCUUUAAAGCAGUUAAUCAACUUAUUGUAAAAAUAGCUUGUAUAGUGUAUCAUAAAAAUGGUUUUUAGAUGACAGAUUGCUUUAUCAUGACACGUGAUAUAUUUUUUCUAGGGGUCACAAAAUGUGUUGAAUGGUAAUCCAUACAAAUUGUGGUUUGUCUCGAAGUAUUAAUCCUGGCAGCAUUGUUCUGAAGUAUCUAAAGAGGUACUCUAGUUUUAUUAUGUGUGCUUCAGUUGUUGUUUUUCCGUUUUUAUUUUUAAAGGAACUUGUCUGUAUUCAGUGGGAGUUCCUGGGGCUGAAACCUAAAUCUGUUAGACUUCUGGAAGAAAAAGCAUGGGUUGGAAAUUGAAUGUAAUGAUCCAGCCUGUGUCCUUGGUUCCCUCACAUUCCAAAACCUAACCUGCAGCAGCUGUGCAGGUGUAUUUGACCCCCAUUGCAAACAGCAUAAACUUGAAAUAGUGUGUUCAUGUAUGCAUUUGCCUACACAUUCACACCACUGGACAAUUGGGGUUACUUUCGUAUAACAGCAUCACGGAGCACAGCAAAACAGCUAGGCAAAUUUGGCAAUAAAAUGCAUACAGGUACCAGCAAUAUGUAAAUAAUAGAACAUAGUUUGGACACUCUACUAAAUGCAUUUCUAAUUAUUCAAUGGAAAUGUUCUUGGUAAAACAAAUUUUACCUAAGCUAUUUUUGGCUUUUCUUAAUCCUCUUUUUAAAUGUUAGGCUUAUAAAUGAAAAUCCCUUGCUGUUAUACUUGGGAGUAAAAUAUCACAUUUAAUAACCGUAAUCCUUUGUGGUUUCUGUGCAAUCCCACAAUUGAGUACUGCACAUAAGCCCAGCAUCUUGGGAGCUUCUAGUUAUAUGGUUGGCACUCCUGCACUUCCUCGUUUUUAUGCGGAGGGCAGGAUAAGAUGAACACCUCCCUUAUACAGCGCUCUUGUGACUGCUACGCAGCUGCAUCACUGAGAAUGUUCUGAGUGUUUCUCUGUAGGAGUGUCAGCUUCCAGACUAAUGCUCUAGAAGCUUCUGAAGAUGUUCUGCCUAGGCAUAGAAUACUGUUGUUUAAUUGCACAGAUGAUCGCUGAAAGAACACCCAGAAAGAGGUAAGCAACUUGCCUUUCUUGCUGAAUAAGCUCUUCAUGUAUGUUUAACAGUUUAUCUAAGCUGCAGAGAGUAUUUUAACAGUAGUUUGCAAACCAUUGGGAUGAAAUUGUGUAUUCUGCCUGUUUUUACCUAAUGUCAAAAGACUCAAGUAUUUGGUUUCAAAGAGGCUCCUGAAUAGGUAAAGCAUGAGGAAAAUUUGGAAAGUGACAUUUCUGUAUUGAACAUUUUCAUCCCUGAUACCAAGUUUAAGAAAGCUAGCAAUGUUGUGCAUUGACAAAAGUAUCUGUGGUUGUUUACCAACACAACUGAGGUAUAUAGAAAUCAGUACUAUGACUACAUGCAACCAAGUAAUUUAGUGGUGGAAAAGAGGCUCUUAUUCUUUCGAUUUCAUGUAUUUGUUCAGUUUAUGGACUUUAUUUUUUUAAAAAAAUGCAAAUGUUCAUUCUGGAAAAGAACUUUCAAUUUAAAUGUGUUGUUAAGCCAUUUGAAGUACAUAAGCAUUCGACAAAACAUGUGUUUCUUGUCUGGCUAGUCUUUUUCAUGCUGGGGGAAUUUCAAAUAAAGCAGGGAAAAUUCUGACUUCUGCCUCUUCAGUGCCUUGCCAUAUCAUGCUGACAUGGAAAUGAUUUCGAUAGCUCCAGAUAUGCAUGCUGAAUGUUAGAAUUGCACAUGGAAACUAAUAGGAAUGAUUUUUUUCACAGAGUAUAUUAAGGCAUGCAGUUGGAGAAAAGAAAUUUUUAUAGGUCUUUCACCAAUAAAGCAAAGGAUUGAGAGCCUUAGGGCACAUUCCUAUUGCCAUAGGAGAGGUGGGAGUUCCAGUUGCAACCUGGAGAAAGCCUCCCAGAGUUCCAAAUUUGGAGUGCCUUCCCAGCUGGUGCAGUUCUUUUAUGCCAGGUGUGGCUCUGAGGAUGGGAGACCAACCUUGGAACUGGCAUGGGGGGUGCAGGAAGGGAGGCUCAUCAAUAUAAAAGAUACCCUGCUGGAACCUCAGCCUGCCCUCUUCAUCAGCAGGCGCGGAGAUGACCUAUGCCUUUGUGUUCCUCCUGUCCUCUAGAGGAAGCCCAGAGCCAUCCUGGUCAGGAGGUCUGUAAGGCUGAGCCUACUUAGUCUGAAGUAAACCUAUUAAAAACUGUGCUACUGAAUUCCAAGUAAUAAAUGUGCUUAGAAUUAGUUUGCCAAUCUUGCCAGCCAAAUUAAACCAAAAAUGCAACAUCCUGAAAACAGCAAAGGAGCACAAAGUGCACACAAGUGCCAGCUAUCUUUAAUAGUGGAGCCUCUUCACUUUACAACAUAGCUACAUCUUAGGGACAGAGGAGGGAAGAAGGCAGUUGGUAGCAAAAUGAGGACUGAAAUUAGUCCUGCUUGCCAUACUCUGUGCACACUCACAUAAUUGAGUACAAGAGCUUGAGGAAAAGAUCAGCCACCACAUCUUCAUUUUGUUCAACAUGCAGGAGGCUGAUGAGACCUUAAUUUUGAUAGGUAGUGUAUACUAUGAUAACAAUUUGCAAAGAACUUAAUCCUAUGCUUGCAAAAACAAGUUCCAUCAGAUACUGUGUUCAAAUACAUUACAUAGGCACACAGAGAGAGUUUAGUUUGGAGUCAAAUAUUAUUCUUGUUGAUCUGAUACUGUAUUAAAGACUUUAUACGAGGGUAUCACUACACGAUGGUCUGUAAUUCUUACAGACUUCAUGUACCCUUACAGCAGAGUUGUGAGUUAGAGAGGAAAAUGCUUUUCCCUCAAACUUGAACAUUGGAUCCAAGCGUAGCAUUUUUUCUGCAGAAGGUGUUCCCUGUUCACCAUGCUGUGUAACACCUUGUGCCAAAGGAAAGUGAAACUGAAUCCAAAGAGGUGGUUCAGUUUGCAUAAGGAGAAGCCUUGUGACCCAUUAUCACCUGCAUAAAUGCAUCACCUAGUGUUUGCAAGUUUUUUGCAACACUGUAUUACUGGCUAUUUUUAUUCCACUCAAUUCAAAACGUGGAAAUAGAGUAUUAAAAAAAACCCAGCCUCCAGUAGUUAACACCUCCUUAUCUUUCUUGCUGUGUUUGCAGGAAAGCAGCUAUUCUGCAAAUUCUACAUGUUGGAGUUUUUAUCAUUUCUUAUCCCCAUUCCACUUUAAUAAACGUCUUUAAAAACACACACAGAAAUGUGGUCAUUAAAACACCACAGAACAAUAGACCAACAUUAGGAAAAUAUAUGAGUAAUGAGAUAAAGCAGGUCAGGGGCGAAAUGUACAUAUCCUAAUGGCCCUUUCAGAUCAGUUAUGACUCCUGAGUGUGGGAGGGUUCAGACCAUACUUCAGAAAAUGAGUGGCAAGGCCCUGGUGUUUGAGCCACUUCGCUUAAGUACUUCUUUAAAAGGGACCAGAGUUUCCAGCUUCUUUCAGAACUGAACCUCACCCACCACCCACCCCAUCCACAUUGAAAUAAAUUGGGCUGAUACCCUUAAUGUACUCACACUUUCAUGCUUUCUGGCAAGGAAUAAAGCCUCCUAUUAGUGGAAAACAUUACAGGGUCUUUUCUGAGGCUUGUGUUCUCUGGCAAAAGAUGGUGUCCAUGACAAUAGCCGCCUCCCGUCCUUACCCUCCACUGCCUCCACCUCUGCCGCCACCACAACUCAACGUGCUUAAUAGCACGGAUCCAGUAGUGUGUCAGCAUUCUAUUUUGUAUAUUCUACAAAAGAUAUUUCAUGGGGUCAAAGACUGUAUUAUGCUGGUGUAUGGCAUUAUUAAAAAGCUUUUUCAUUUUUUAUCACAGUAACUUUAAACAGUGUAAAAAUUAAAACAAGUGACUCCUGUUUAAAAAUAAAAAGUUGUAGUUUUUUAUUCCUGCCGAAUAACUCUGUAGUAACAAUGUCUUUCCACCUACUCAGUGAAAUGUUGGACUGUAAAAUCUUGUGUGGAACUGUUGAGCAUUUAUUUUUCAUUUUAAAUUUUGCUGUUCUAGUAAAUUCAAAGCCACACAUCUGUACAGAAGUUGCAGUAAAUGUAAGCCAUUUACAGCAAUGCUGAUAAUGGACAAAAUCACAUAAUAAAAAUCUGCUUUUUCAUUACAUGUUCAAA